AUGGUAAAGGCACAUAAGCAUUUCGACGAUUUUGGGGGUGUCUCGAAGCCUUUCCGAGCUGAGGUUGAGCUCGAGGAAAUGGAAAUUGAAGGAACGAUACCCAAGGAGCUUGAUGGGACAUAUUAUCGAGUUAUGCAGGACCCGUAUUAUGACCGCGACAGCUACCUUGGUGGUGCAAAGACUAUACCAUUCGAUGGAGACGGGAGCAUCAGUGCCUUCCGAAUCAAGGAUGGAAAGGUUUCUUACAAGCAAAAAUACGUUUUGACAGAACGUCUUGUUGCCGAGCGAAAGGCUGGAAAGGCACUAUUCGGCAUGCUACAAAGUCCCUUUUCCCACCAUCCCUGUGUACGCAGUGUCAUCGACAACCUAGCCAAUACUAAUGUCAUCGUCCAUGCGGGAAAGCUUUUGGCCUUGGCAGAACAAGGUCCGGCGUACGAGCUCGAACCAAACAGUUUGAGAACAAUCGGCCAUGAGCCGUUCCCGGGAGAAAUCAGCCCGAAUCUUCCCUUCACUGCGCAUCCCCAUGUCGAUCCCGCGACUGGUGAGCUUUUAGCCUUCGGCUAUAACCUGCACGGUCUACUGAGCCCUGAUUUAUCUGUCUACUCAAUCGACAAGAAUGGCAAGAAGAAUUGGCAGCGAGACUUUAAAUUUGACGGGAUCGUGGGAAUGGUUCAUGACUGUGCUAUUACACAAAACUACGUCGUUCUCAUGAUGAUGCCUUUCAACGUAGACUUCACAGACAUUGAGAAAGAGGGCAACCACCAGUGGUACUACGACGAAAAGAUGCCAACCUGGUUUGCUGUCGUACCCCGGGAUGAAUCGAAGAGUGUUAGGUGGUUCAAGCACAAAAAUUGCAUGCCGGUUCACUCUGGUGCUUCUUGGGAAGAGGAUGGGAAAAUUUACUUCGACGCGACGGUGGCCUCGCACAAUGCCUUUCAUUUCUUGCCCUGCAAGAGUGGCGACAAGCGCAUUCCGAAUUUAGACCCAGCCGAUAUUACCGUCAACUACGUCAAGUUCUGCAUAGACCCCGAAAGCGAUUCUGAUGAGAUGCCUUUGGGAGAGGUUCUGCUAGAAGUCCCAUGCGAGUUCCCUCGAAUCGACGAGAGAUUCCUGACUGAAAAAACUCGAUACACGUUCCUGGAUUGCUUCAGACCAGAUGUCGCAGCGGAGAAGAACCUGUACAACGGUCUCAACACUCUUGCCCGCUAUGACUACAGCACUGGUAAAACAGACUUUUGCAUCCCUAGUGAGAACUGCCUUGUGCAAGAACCUGCGUUUAGUCCACGCACGCCUGACGCUCCAGAGGGCGAUGGAUUCCUCAUCACCAUGAUCGACAACAUCGAAACAGGCAGGAACGAAAUCAUCAUCCUAGAUACCCGGAAGUUCGAAGAAAUCGUUGCUAGGAUCAUCCUGCCGUUUCGGUUGCGCAGCGCGGUACAUGGGAACUGGGUUGAUGCUGAACGCAUAGAUGGAAAAGAGCCCUUUGUGGAGCCUUUGCCCUCCCUCUACACUUUCCCACCACCUGAAAAGCUCAGAUCUACUGCUUUCAAUCUUCUCACUGCUGCUAGUUAG